AUGUCUACGGCGCAAACCCAGCAUGAUGCCACAAGAAGCAGUCGGCUUUUCAGGGCUUUGGCCGGCGAUGCUGUUGCUGGCUUCGUAUCUGCCACGUUGAUAUCUCCCAUUGUGGCCGUCAUUGACAGGUCUAUGGUCGAAAAAGUGUCCAUCAAUCAACCUCUGCUGACUGGGAUGCGUCGCAAUGGCAUUGCCGCGCUCUCCCACCCCGGACGUUUCCUCUUCGGCCGCCCUUUCGGAUUAGUAUGGGCUUUGUAUGCUGGAACAUACGUCGUCGCCAAUAGCACUGAGACGCUCGGUGAUGAGUUCAAGAUGGCCGCCGUCGGAACCGUCACCUUCUUCACCACCAUGUUGGUAAACGUCCCUCUGGGGGUAUGGAAAGACGUGAGCUACGCCCGGCUCUUUGCUGCCGUAGAUCCCAACAAGAAAAUCACCUCCAUCAUCCCCAAAACGCCCAAAUCAGUCACGGCUACGUUUCUAUUCCGAGAUGCAUUGACCAUCUUCGGUUCUUUCACUCUAGCGCCAGCGGUGUCUUCUCUGAUACCGGAUCACCUGGCUGCCAACCCCCACACCAAGGCCGUUGUCAGUCAGCUCACAGUCCCCAUUUUCUCACAAUUGGCGGCGUCGCCGGUACAUCUACUGGGAUUGGAUUUAUACAACCGCCAGCAACAUAUCCCACUUCGCACCAGGGCAUCGCAAAUACGGAAAGACCUGCCGUCGGUCACCGUGUUGCGGUGCCUGAGGAUCAUCCCGGCCUUCGGCAUCGGCUGUGUAGCAAAUAUGGAGGCAAGGCCGUAUUUCCAGAAAUUAUUUUCGGAUCUGUAA